AUGUACGGCCGAUGCCCCCCGAACGCGCUACCCUUCCAUUGGUUCGAGCUGGCCGAGGUGUUGCUAGCCCACGCAUCCGACGACAUACCCUCGUCCUCCGAAGUCAGGUCUCUCUUACGAGAUCUGCAGGAGGUGCGCUCCGCCAAGAUGCGCAAGAGCACGCAGGAUCUGUCCGAGGGCGUUGGCGGAGUCAUGAGCCUUCGCGGCGUGGGUGCAAUGGAGCUGGCCGAGAGCCGCGGCUUCUUUCUGGGCGUCAUAGAGGGCGUACGGAAAAUCGGUGCAAGCGCGGAAGCCAGCAGGCGUGAAGAGGAGGAGGAGCGCGGCAGUGGCGACGGCGACUAUGAUGAAGACGAAGACAUGCUAUGA